CGAUGGAUGUGGUACUGGACGGGGUCAGCUUGGAGUCAGGCCGGGGGCCAAGCGAAGGGCUGAUGCGACGCGGUAUGGACACUGAAAUUGUGCUGGCCUGCGAUGCGACUGAGUGCGUACUCCGCGCGACGGACCGGAUCGAGCUGGCGGACGAUUGGACGGUAUCCCGCCGCGAGGACGAGACAUGUUGUUUCGCCAUGUUGCGGUUGAGAACGCUCGUCCGCAGCGAGUGCACGCCAAUCGACUCUUGGUCGGCGUCACCUUUUCCAGCGUUUGUUGAGCGAGGGCCUGUACGCGUGGGAGACCCUCGUGUUGAUGGUGGGGAGGAUGCCGGCGCGAGGUCUUCUGCAUUUAAUCCAAUGUCUAAGAUAGCGCGUGUGCGUCAGUCAGUACAACAUGAGAGAAGAAUUGUUGCGCACCGCCGGCAAUUUCGCUCAACGCCCAUUUUGGAACGUCAUCGAAACCGCCUUCCUGUCGCACGCCUACCCACCGCCGCCGAAUCCAUUGAACCAAGUCGACCCGCGUUUGUUCCACCUGCACGCGAAUGUGUGACGUUGCGGACAGCAUCGCCCCGGAGGGAUCAGCAGCAGGCGUUCGCGUCAGGAUACAAUCGACGAGGGUCUGUAGCAUCAACGACAAAGAUGAACGAUCAUUGUUGAGGAAAUGAAGAAGACGAUGUACCUGGUACAGUUUGCCAGCGGAUUUCUCUGAGAACCC